AAACAUGCAGAUAAAAGGCAGUUUAAUCUUAUUAUCAAGGAUGGAAAAUAAACAAGGAAUUGAAGGGAAAGAAAAAGAAAACAGUUUGCUCAAGUGCAUAAAUAAAAACCCGUGAACUUCCUCUCAUUAUUGUAUACAAAGAGACAAAGUGAAUACUAUACCAUCUGCCAUGGCUACUACCAUAACCAUGACCUUUGUUCUGCAAAUUCUCAUCUUUGUUUCCAUAUUCUCACCUUGUGUUCAUGCCUCUGACUUCGACUAUCCUGCUGUUUUCAACUUUGGCGAUUCGAACUCCGACACCGGUGAACUUACUGCUGGACUUGGGUUUUUCCUUCAGGCACCUAAUGGACAGACUUUCUUCAAGACUCCCACAACAGGGAGGUUCUGUGAUGGCCGCCUGAUUGUAGAUUUUCUGGGUAAAAAUGUGAAAACUACAUAUCCUCUUACUCUUUCUAUGGCAACCAAGACCAGUCUUCAUCCAAUUCUCACCUUAAUCAUCAUCUUCUUGCCUUUGAUUAGUUCUAUAGACUUCAAUUCACCUGCUGUAUUCAACUUUGGUGACUCGAAUUCCGACACUGGUGCACUUGUUGCUGCUGGUAUCGAGACCAUAAACCCACCUUAUGGACAAAUUUAUUUCCAGAAUCCAUCUGGGAGAUACUGCGAUGGCCGUCUCAUCGUAGAUUUCUUGAUGGAUGCAAUGGAUCUUCCAUUUUUGAAUGCCUAUUUGGAUUCAAUUGGUAUGCCAAACUUUCGAAAAGGUUGCAAUUUCGCUGCCGCUGGAUCUACUGUUCUUCCUGCAACUGCAACAUCUGUCAGUCCAUUUUCAUUUGGGGUUCAGGUAGCUCAGUUUCUUCGAUUCAAAUCGCGUGUUCUGGAGCUUCUAGCUAAAGGCAAGAAAUAUCAGAAGUAUGUUCCAGCAGAAGAUUAUUUUGGCAAGGGACUAUACACAUUAGAUAUAGGACAAAAUGAUCUUGCUGGUGCAUUCUAUUCCAAAACAUUUGAUCAAAUAGUAGCCUCCAUCCCUACAAUUUUGGUCGAAUUCGAAACUGGGAUUAAGAAAUUGUAUGAUCAGGGGGCUAGGUAUUUCUGGGUACACAAUACGGGGCCGCUCGGAUGCUUGACUCAAAAUGUAGCCAAAUUUGGAACUGAUCCAUCUAAGCUUGAUGAGCAAGGAUGUGUUAGUGGGCAUAACCAAGCUGCUAAGCUUUUCAACUUACAGCUUCAUGCACUCUGCACAAAACUAAGGGGCCAAUAUACAGAUGCAAGUAUCACAUAUGUUGAUAUCUACACAAUAAAAUCCAACCUCAUCGCCAAUUAUUCUCGAUACGGGUUUGAGCAGCCCAUAGCGGCUUGCUGCGGAUAUGGAGGUCCACCGUUGAACUACGAUAGUCGAGUUUCCUGUGGCCAAACAAAAGUUUUGAAUGGUACUACAGUCACAGCCAAAGCAUGCAAUGAUAGCACUGAGUAUGUGAACUGGGAUGGAAUUCACUAUACAGAGGCAGCAAAUCAAUAUGUUUCAUCACAAAUACUCACUGGGAAAUAUUCUGAUCCACCUUUCUCAGACCAAAUGCCUUUCCUCCUCAAGCUCAAGUUCUAAAAUAUUAUAUCUGUACCACUGAAAUAAUUCAUUUAUUCUUCAACAAUAGUGAUUUGUGCAAGUAUAACCAUCUAGGGAUUUGAUUGCUU